UUUUGGAUCAGAGUUCAAGACAAAGCAAAUGACAGAAUGCAAAAUGUGCGCAGUACUAAAUUAGAAACGCAUGUUUUCAACAACCUUAAUGAUCAAGAGGUUGCUUGGAACACAAAACGGCGAACACAGUGCGUCCCCAGAUCGAGCUUGGGAACCAGUGCUGUACACUAUUCUUCUCGAGUAUAUCAAGCUCCCUUUUCUAGCGGCACGGUAUCGACCGUCACAGGACAAAACUGUUCGGGAGAAUUCAGCAGUGGCGCGUGUUUCCGCCUCAGGUCAGCUGACUGGAACAUGCGGAAGAGGGAAUUGGAAACGUUAAGCUGCAGCUAAGAGAAGACACAGUGAUACAUUUUAUACACAAACAUACAGAUCUGACACUUAUUUUAAACAAGAGCGCUUGAGAUCAUUCUGUUUACAAAUUCACCUCACAAAACGUCCUGCGUAGCCACCACAUAGAGAUGGCAGUUCACGAGUCAAUGGUCGUGAUGAAUGGAACACAAAUUUCGUACAUCGGACAUGAUUGUGAAGACAUCCCAGAAUUCCUUGGAGAAAGAUAUGGAAGACAUGCAAGGCGUCUAGAUCUUAGCUUCAAUCUACUGAGGUCACUGGCAGGACUCAAAGCCUUCAGCGAGCUGGAAGAGCUGAUUGUGGACAACAACCUCCUCGGAAAUGACCUCCGGUUGCCCAGGUUACCUCACCUCCAUACGCUGACACUCAAUAAGAACCAACUGACUGAUAUCGAGUCGCUACUGGAGCACUUAGCAGCGGCGACACCGUCCCUGGAGUACCUCAGUCUCCUAGGCAACGAGGCCUGCCCCAACCAGCUGGUCAGCCUGGACAAGGACGAGGACGACUACCAGCGCUACAGGUACUUUGUGCUGCACAAGCUGAGGGGCCUGAAGUUCCUGGACACGCGGAAAGUGACGGAGCGGGAGAGGAUGGAGGCGGAGACGCGCGGCGCGUUCAUGAAGGUGGUGAAGCCUAAAUCAGAGGAGGACCCCGGCCCCAGGUCCGACUCGGCUGCCAUGCCCUACACCCCGUUACCACGCGGAUCCAAAGAUGCUAAAAAUCAUAAAGGGGUUUUUGCCAAAUGCCGAUAUGUGUACUAUGGGAAACACUCGGAGGGAAACAGAUUCAUUCGCAAUGACCAGCUCUGACACCCGACCAGAUACCACCUGACCACGUGCACGCCUGCGCACAUCUGCGCACACCUGCUCACACCUGCGCACAUGCCCCUGGCGCCCAGCUGAAUGCAGUGUUCUGGUGCUGUCUCUGGGAUUGUGCCCUGCUUCCUGAAUUCAGCCUCGUUCCUGUAAGCCCCAAGCUUCUCUCUGAAGUGCUGCACGUUUCAAAGAAAUACAUUCCAUGAAAGGUCUGUUUCUCAGGUUUGGAAAUCAGUUAUGUGUAUAAAAAUGACAAUGAUGACUUUUAGAAACAGAAUGAGAUGCCACUUUAUGAGAAAUGUAACAAAUGCAAAAGAACAAUUGAAUGAUCCUGCUUUUGAUAUUCUGAUCAUUUUUUUAAUUGAAGUACAAAACUGUUCAAACUGCCUUCAUAAGGAGUGAAAGAUUAUUGUUAAUGUGACUGGAAUUUUGUCCACUCGUUAAAUGCUGUACCUGUCCUGAUAUUUGGUUUCUCAACAGAAAAGUAACUAAUAGUUGUAAUAGUAAUGUUUUUAACUCCUGUUCUUUAUUUUAACAAUGUUUGGCUUAACUGUAUCUGCGCAUUCUUCCAGUCUUAAAAAAUAAAAAAUGUUUGCAAUGUUAGAAACUGGUUUAAUGCAAUUACUGCUGUAAUUUUUGUUAUCUUUGAUUAUGUAAAAAUGUGUUUGUUUAAUUUCUUUAAUUGUUGUAUUUUUUAAUUACCAUGUCAUUUACCCGCAGAGUUGUUUUUUUUACAGAUGUAUAGUUGCAUAGAGUGAUCCGGUCCUUAAUUCUGUAUCUGAUGCUCUGGGACUCAGAGUCAGAGGCCCUGCCUUCAAGCAGAGAGACAGUUAGUGAAACUGCAGGUUUUCCAGUUAUUACUGAUUAAUCACGUCAGUUUCUAGGCUGUAAGCUGUCUUUCAUGUAUUAUUGUAAUGAUUUAACUGUUUAAAUGAAUUAAUAAAAUGUUCUUUGCUACCAA